AAACAGCGUGACCGGCGGUAUUCCAUAUUCCCAGGCCAACGGUAUAUUAUAUUGUAAAUGAACGAUAAUACAAAUGACCGCUAAAACAUGAAUUUGCUUUAAUUCGCAUUUGAACGAAAACCUGAAAGUGGAUUACGACCCUUUCAAAAGGAGCGAAGAUGUCUGAAUAUUGACAAUGCGUGAAGAAGGUUUAUGAAAUACACAUAAAUAAGAGGUGUAGCCGUGGCAGUCGGGGCGGAGUAAAUCAGUAGUAGCGGUUUUUUAGGGCGUAUAAGGAAGUUAUAGACUGGGAGUAAAAGACAACAGGCUGCCUCUGCGGAGUCUCACACUGCCGGAUUUUCCACUUUUAAAAUGCCCGGAAAGAAAGUUUGCAUCGUGGGAUCUGGAAACUGGGGUUCUGCCAUUGCCAAAAUCAUCGGGCACAAUGUCAAAGCGUCCAACCGCUUCGACCCAAUGGUGAACAUGUGGGUCUAUGAAGAAGUGAUCGAUGGGAAGAAGCUGACGGAGAUCAUCAACACUGAGCAUGAAAAUGUCAAAUAUCUACAAGGUCACAAGCUGCCCAAAAAUGUGGUGGCCGUUCCAGACAUCACAGAAGCCGUUAAGGGAGCAGCGGUCCUCGUCUUUGUAAUCCCGCACCAGUUCAUCAGGAAACUCUGUGAUCAGAUGAAACCUCACAUUGCAGAGGGAGCUAUUGGGAUAUCGCUCAUCAAAGGCGUCGAUGAGGGACCUGACGGCCUGACGCUGAUCUCAGACAUCAUCCGAGAAAAACUACAGAUUGAGGUCAGCGUCCUGAUGGGAGCCAACAUUGCCAACGAGGUGGCGGAUGAGAAGUUCUGUGAAACCACUAUCGGAGCGAGAAAUCGUGCAAACGGUCAAAUCUUCAAGGAACUGAUGCAGACUCCCAACUUUCGCAUCACUGUCGUACCGGAGAGUGACACAGUGGAGCUCUGUGGAGCCUUAAAGAAUAUUGUGGCAGUAGGCGCCGGAUUCUGUGACGGCCUCGACUGCGGCGACAACACCAAAGCGGCGGUGAUCAGGCUGGGCCUGAUGGAAAUGGUGGCCUUUGCCAAGAUUUUUUGCAAAGGCCAAGUGAGCUCUACAACCUUCCUGGAAAGCUGCGGCGUGGCCGACCUCAUCACCACCUGCUACGGAGGACGAAAUCGUAAGGUCGCAGAGGCCUUCGCCAGAACAUCCAAGUCCAUCGCUCAGCUGGAGGAGGAAAUGCUCAACGGCCAGAAGCUUCAGGGUCCGCAGACCUCGGUGGAGGUCUACAGGAUCUUAAAAAAGAGGGACAUGGUCAACAAGUUUCCUUUGUUCACAGCCGUCUACCAGAUCUGCUUUGAGGGCAAACAGGUGAAAGAGUUCAUCACCUGCCUGCAGAACCACCCUGAGCACAUGUGAAGCGAUGGGUCUGCAAACAUGCGCACUGCUGCUCCUUUAGUAAGGAUUUACUACCACUAGAGGGCAGGAGAGAAUCACGAGAGAAACGCACAAUGCAACAAAGCAACUAUAACUCAGAGCACUUCAGAUUAUCAGUGUCAUUUAGUGGUGGAUCAUGUUUAACUAGCUUUGCUUUUGUUUUUUUGUUGUUUUUAAUGUUCUGUGAUAUUAAUUUCCUUUGUAACUGAGUCAGGGAUUAAACUAUCUUCAGACCACUCCACUUGUAUUACUGCCAAGAUCUGUCAAGAUCUGUCAGUAAUUGUCUUACUGACAAUUACUGACAUCACUACGGGAUGUCUGUGUUUGUAACGUCAAAAUUCAGAAUAUUCUUUUUAAAAUCUGUAUGUGGAGUUGUGUUUUCUUUUCAAUAAAAUAAUUCAUAGGAAAACUGA